UACAUUUCAGCUAGUGGAGUGUUUGUACGAUGGGGGCGAAAGGAUUGUCCUUCUGAUAACAACACUGAACUUGUUUACUCAGGAUUUGGUGGAGGAUCUCAUCAAAGCCACACUGGUGCUGCAGCUGAGUUUGUUUGUUUACCACCCGACCCAAACCUGACCACAAAAUUCACCUCCUCUUUUUCUUAUAUGUAUGGAGCAGAAUACGACUCCACUGACUUUGGUCUGCAUGAUGGAGAUGACUUGCCUUGUGUAGUUUGCAGAAGGAAGACGCAAUCCAGCGUCUUGAUGAUUCCAGGAAAAAAUAGCUGCUACUCGGGAUGGACGGAGCAGUAUCAUGGAUACUUAGCAACCGGAUACUAUGCAAGCAAAGCAGCUUCGCAGUACAUCUGUGUUGAUGAACAUCCCGAGGCCCUAAGAGCAGGAGAACGUAACGAUGACGGAAAAUGGGUCCACUCCGUCAAAGCGGUGUGUGGCUCGCUGCCAUGUCCUCCUUAUCAUAAUAAUAUGUAUCUAACGUGUGUUGUGUGCACAAAAUGAACAUCUU